CGAGCUCACUUCCUGUUGGGCGCGCGGAUGAGCAGGUAAAACAGCAGGUAAAGCGGAGAGGGCUGUGGAAGCAGCAGAAGAGUUUUCCUCAUGGCGUCUACAGCAGAAGAAGAGCAGAAGCAGAUGAGGACCAUAGCCGAGCUCUCGGAUCAGGCUCUCCGCCAGUAUGAGGUCCUGCGGAAGGAGCAUGAGAAAACCAAGUUGGAGUGUAAGCAGCUAAAGAAGGAGCGAGAUGAAGCCCAGAAGAAGCUGGAGGAGUUUGAAAGAGUGUCUCACAGGGUGCUGCAGGAGGUCAACAGUAUGCAGGAGAAUCUGGAGGUGGAGAAGACCUGCAGGGAGACAGUGGAGGCCCUGGCGUCUAAGCUGAACAGACAGAAUCGCUCUCUGAAGAGGAAGAGUAUGCUGUACCUGGCCCACCUGGGUGCUGAUGUCAUCGCAGAUAUUAAGCUGGAUGAUGAUGAAGAAGAUGAAGAUGAGCAGGCAGCAGAGCCUGGUAUCUGUAGCUCCGCCCACUGUAACCUCAUAAUCACAGAGCUAAGGAGUAAACUGGAAUCAGCUCAGGAGGAGAAGAAGCGUUUGACCAUUGAUCUGGACUCUGUGAAGGAUCAGCUUCGCAAAACCAAAGAGGAACUGCUGAGAGAAAAACAUGAUGAUACUGUUUUGAUUGCUGAAACUCUCCAACAAAAGAAGCUCUUGGGAAAAUAUAACAGAGUGUCAAAGUAUGCAGUAGAGGAGUAUGAAGCACUGCAGGCUGAUCUGGAGCUGGAGAAGGAUCUGCGUGCAGAGGCUGAGAAAUUUGCACAACAGAUGCUUGUGGAGCAGAAGAAGCUGAAGAGACAGAGUAAAGCUUUGAUGCACAACAUCUCUCCAUCAGAGGCUCUACAGAACGCUCUCAAAGAGAUCACGUCACUCACACACAAGCUGGAGACCCAAAGACUGGAGCACCAACAACAGAUAAAGCGUUUGGAGGAUGAACUGCAAGCUUCUGAUUGGAGGAAACAGCUGUCAUUAUUAGAGAAGAAGGCGGAGCUUCUGGAGGAGGAGAGGAGAGAGAUACAGGAGAAAUGUACCAAGGCAGAAACUGAGGCCAAAGACCUGCGCUUUACUGUGGAGGAACUGCAGAAGAAGCUCCAGCAAGUAUCCAAUCCUGUACCUGCUCCUCCAGCCCCUCCACCUCCACCCCCUCCUCCACCACCUCCUCCACCUCCUCCUUCCAUGGCAACCAACCCACUUAGCUCACUCUUGUCAAUGCUGCGUAAGAAAAAGGACACCAAUAAUGACAUUCCAAUGGUAGAAAAAGACUCUCCAGCAAAAGAACCAGAGAAAGACAUUAGGCAGCAAGCCGUGUCAGAGAUGAUGGAACGAAUCAAAAAAGGCAUUCAGCUCCGGCCAGUUGGCCACUCCAGCAACAGAGCCAAACAACCAGAGCAGAGGGAGCGAAUAGGAUCCAGUUCUGCCAUUCAGGAGCUUAAAGGAAUUCUGAGUUCAGUGAAACGUCCCUCCCCCUGCCCCUCCCCUCCUGCACGGCCUUCAUCCCCUGAAUCUGAACUCCAGAAAGUGUUGUUGAAACGUCGUGGAGCCCUGGAGACCACAACAGACAGCACUUUAGCACAGCCCUUUCCCAGCAGUGUUCUGGAUCUGACCCGUGUUAAGCACACUCCAACUGGACCUGGACUGAGCACAAACCACCAGGCCACACAACACUGACACCUAAACACACCUGAACUGUCUGUCUGGUGUGGAGAAAAUGGACGAGUGGAGACAUAUGCAAUCCUGCAUUGAAUUUAGGUGAAUCAUACAGUAAAUUUAAUCACUGAGUAAUUCAAAUUGCAUUUUAAAUCCAUUUUGUUGUUUUUUUAGUUCAUAUUUAAUUUUAUAUUAAUUAAAAAGCAGCUAAUUGAAGUCAGUGAUCAAACCCAACGAAUAUUUAAUCAAAUUUCUACCCAACUCAGGACCUUCCCUUGCAUAAGUUCAGAACAGCACUUGCAAUGCAAUGAUACAGUAAAGACAUUUCUACAUAAAAGAGACUGUGUUAAAUGUCUGUGGCUGACUGCACUGUAAAUAUUGAUGUAAGUGUGAAAUACAUUAAAGAAUCAACAAUAUUUUA